CCAGGGCCAACAACAACCGGCCCUUAACACAGCUCCCUUUACUAAUGUGAACUUCUGACACAAUUUGUUAUUAUAUAUUAUUGAUAUUAUUGAUUACGCAUCGCAUGUUUCAUUCAAACACCGUUUUGCAUUUUCUCUCCAGAUUUAUAUUUCCAUCUUCAUAUGUUUCUAGUCGUCUGUCCAAAUGCGAUCAUGCUCUUUGCUUUUGUCUUGUGGGGCGUUUCUGAAGGAUCUCUAAAUGAGUCAAUGUGUUGUUGCGCUCUUUAUUUUCUGAGGCCUCUUAUUUUAUUCUGGGCGUUUCCAUGCACGAAUGAGUUCACAGGCAACGUUAAAACGUGUCGAAUACUUGGUUCUCUCAGUUGCUGUUUAUUCAGUUUUAGUCACAGAGGUUGGAAAGAGAGAUGACCAGACAUCCGGACUGACCAGUACGAUAAUUGUUAUAGUUGACUUAGUGGCCGAUACGAUCUUUGACAUUCUGCCUACGUUGCAGUUCAUCCUCUUCUUCUUCACUUUUGCGUCUCUCAGAGGAGGUUCAAUUUCGGUCAUAAGGACGGUGAUGUUUAGCAUUAUAACAGUGAUGUUUGCAGCGAUGAUCGCCCUUCACGUAAUUGCACUGGAUAAUGAUACAGAUGCUAUUGGAUGGGGCUGUGUGACUGGAUUUCUGCUGAUACUGUGGAUGGUUAUCAAGUUUACGGGGCCAAUAUGGCUUUAUUGCCCAGGGUGGAGUAUUAAUCGUCUACUUUGAUCAUCUCUGCAGUCUAAAUUGAUUGUGUCAGUCAGUACAUGUAGAAAGAUCAAUUAACAGCUAAAAUACAAAUAGAUGUAAAUACUUAAAUCAAGCAAACAAAGAUUUUUAUGUAUCUUGUAGAACAUAAAAAGUUGACUUUUUUGUGCAUGUAUAUAGUUGUUUUGGACUUAUUUUAUCUAAUCUAGGUAGACUGAUGCAGGUUUGCUUUUUGUUCACAUUAAACAUGUAAAAUUGCGUUGUGUUAAUGAACUCUUUUGCGCUGAUGACUGAGCUGAUACUGAAAACAGGUGAGUGAACGUCACACACUUUAUGCAACAUGCGAUACAUUUUAAGAGAAACAUUUCAGCAGUCACAAAGUUUAUAACAAAUGUAUACCUUCAGCAAUAAUAUUAAUUAUGAAUUUAAUUAAUAUGCCUGUGCUAAAAUACUGUUAAAAUUGCAUUCAUUUAUAUAUACCCAUUAAUGAUAUGUACACAUUUAUUUUUUUCAGUUAAUGGAGAUCUGAGAUCUGUUGUCUUUCCUUCUGAAUGUUUCUUUGUCAUAUCUGUGACGAUUUCAGCUAUUUUUCCACAUGGUGAGUAUAAAUCACAAUUGUUUCGAUUGCAAAACAUUAAAUUACAUCAUAUGAUUUUUUUUUUUUUAUUUUGCAUCUGUACAUCAUUUAUAUCAAGCUAAAUUCAGUAAGUAAAUAAGCAAGUAGGUAAAUAAAUAAAUGCAUAAAUAAAAUCUCCUAAUAAUCUGCAAUGUCUUUAAAUGUCCUCUAGUCCCUUAAAAUCCUAAAAGCAUCUGCUGAGUGUCAAUUGAUUACAGUGAACAUGAAUGAGUCUUUAUAUUGAUUGGCUUCAUUCGGAUCAUUAAUUAGACUAUAUCAGGGAUCUUUCAAUGUCAGCCAUUAAAUUCAAAGUUUUCAAAUUAGAAUGGGUUUAUGUGUUUUACAUGGAAAACAAUGAAUCACUAAUAAUUCAGAAAAUGGUUCACGUGACAGCAGUUAAGCUAUUGAAACCAUUGAAAAUAUAUGUGAAUAAGUAGUCAUUUAAUUUAUAUUUUAGCAGACAGCGAUUAUAUUCAACAGAUCCAUUAAUAUUUAUUCUCUCUCUGACCUCAUGAAAAGUCUGCAGUUUAGUAGGCUGUAAUUUCUAAACUGCAUUGAUUUGAGAUUAAAAGUGACAUGCAACAUCAGGAGACAUUUACUUAUAUUACAAUAUGCUCCAAAAGUAUAAGAAUAUUUUUUUCUAAAUAUUAUUAAUUGGCAUUUCUUGCCCUAAAUGAAGAACAUGAGUAGACAAACUACAGCUGACAGAUCAACUGGAGAAAAGUCAGCCUCAUUCAAGAGUAAUCAGCAUGUUUUUCUGCAAAAGUGAAAAACAUGGAUUGCAAAAAGCACUAUAAUACAAAUAUACAGUCAGUGCUCAAAAUCUCGUGUUUCAACACUGAUCAAGCUCUGACUGGUAUAAUGAUGCUAUUAUUUAUUGAUAAUGGUUUUGCACUGUGAGCUCUGUGUUUUAACUGUUUUUGUACUUGUUGUAAAUGUAAAUAUAUGCAGCCUUUUCUCCAACAAAAAAACGAUCGUAUUGGUUGUUUUUGCAGGUACCUUAUUACGACUUAAAUGUACGUUUUAAAGAUAAGCACCAUCUAGCAAAAGCAAAAUGUGUUUUUUUUGUUGUUUGUUUUGUUUGAAUGCAGUGUGCAUAAACGUUUUAUAAGCAUAUGCUUUCGUGAUCACAUGAUCACAACUCAUUUUACAACGCAUUGCUCUACAAACUGAGCUACACGAACCCGAGUCACCAAGCAGCACAAAAUAGUAUAAACUAUUAAAAUGCAAAUGUCCUGUUGCCGAUAGGGGCGAAAAUGUAUUAUACGCUCUGAUGGGUCGUAUUUCAGUGAUUUGUACAAACGACCUGUACGGGCAUGUUGGUUGGAGGACAGGUUGGACGCUUUUUUACUCUCUACGUAUGUAAUGUUAAUUUCUUUACUAAAACAAUAGCUGUAACACCUCAGUAAAGUUCAGUAUCCGUGUGUAUGUUGUGCUGAUCUUGAGCUCAGAUGUGGUUUCCUGAGUGUUUUGUCUGAUCAGAGAGCAGUUGUUUAGAGUUCAGGCCAGUGGUUCCUAAGCUCUGUGUUCAUGUAGUAAACGUGGUGUGGUAGCUGAGCACAACUUGACAACUGUCUUAGUAUUUCGUUAUUUCCGCAUUAAUUAAAUAAAUGUCUAGUACAAAUAGUGUUUAAUUAAUACCAUGUUUGCAUUUUUUACCCUGAAAAAAGUGGAAUUGAAAUACAAAUGAGCAAUACGUGGGGCAUGUUGUAACAUCGAAAAAAAAAUUCUGAACAUUCAAUAUUUUAAAAUAAACUCAUAUUUAAUAAUGAUAAUUAUAUGUGAAUUAAACUGCUAAUAGCAAAAUCUAAUAGUACAAUGCUCCACUCCUGUGAUUUAAACCUGGCUAGUGUCUUCUGCUAGAUUGUUAAAUAACUAACCUUUUAAGGUCACCCUUUUAGUCAACAUUUGUGCCCUCAAAUCUAAUCUUUAAACAUCGGAACAGCGUGACGAAGAAGGCUAAAGUAAACAACUAUACAAGCAAAGACACUUUUGCAGGAAACUGCAGCAAAGGGGCAAGGACGACAUCACAGUCCUGGAAGUCCAAGCAAAUGCACCAAUGCACCAGACCUAAGAAUAAGAAUAACCUUCUUAUCUGCAUCUUCAUAUUUUCAGUACUCUGAUGGACACUGAAGGUACGUAUGAUCUAUAAGAUGUGCUAAAAAUCACUUUACCUUGGUAAAUUGUACUUUACAGUUUACAGUAUGGAUAGCAGUUAAUUCGUGCCUUGACUUCGGUCCGGCUGACUCUCAUGUUCUCAUGUUACUUUGAAACCCUGACCUGGCUAUGUGCCCAACGUUCCCGCUACUUCCUUUCGAGAUCAGGUGGUGAACUUGCAAGAGCUGCCCCGGAUGAGGCAGACCCUGCCCUAGCGUUGCUUUGUCCCAUUUAAGUAGAAUGCACCUGGAGUUUCAGGAGCUCUUUUUCUGUUUUGGGGGACAGCAGAAAGGUACUGCUGUCUACAAGCAGUGGUUGGCUCCACCAUGGAGGGAUUGGAUGGUGGAUGCCAUCACCUUGGCGUACCGUAACAUCAGGUAAUUGCGGGAGGCCUGUGGGUGUCGGCUUGCAGCCCUGUUGUUUCUCUUGUGAUCACUGGGUCCUCCGUUGCCUCGCACCUCAGACUAGGCGGAGUAGUUUAAGCUGUGACCGAAGGGGGACUUCUUUACCCUAGCUAGCAUCCAUGUCUUUAUACUCCACGGUUUCUGCCUAACUGUGUUCCCUUUCCUAUACUUGCCUCCAUUCCACAGGAUUGCCAUGUCUUGUGCUCUGCCUCCAGUGGUUGCCCUAGUGGGCCCGCCGCUCUAACCUGCAGGAUGUUGGGAUGGUUAAGCAUUGAGCUCCAUUAAGCGUAAACCUUCUCAGCAUAAACCUGACUGAGUGGUUGCAUGCUGCCAUCUUAUAUACCCAUAUGUAUGGGGGAAUGGCUUGGCAUGCAGGUUCCACUCUCCAAUUCUCAUUGGCCUUUUCUGUUAAGCUCAGGGGUAAUUGGGUCUUCAGGUAUGACCCCAUGAAGUCAGUCAACGUCUCUGUUUCCUCCUUCAGGGAACAAGGGUUACAUGAGUAAUUGAGACAAUACAGACUAGAUAAGCACCUAAACCAGACGCAGGUGAAAAUCAUGGAUGACAAAGAGUACACCUGCAAGUUAGAUUUUUUUGUAUGGUUCUACAAUGUGCUGUGCUGGUGGUUUAAAGCUCAGAAUAAUCUAUGUUUGCAUAUAUUCAUGGCUGCAGUAAUCAAACCAUCAAGGUUUUUGUAAUGCAUUGUGAACAUGGAUUAGGAAUGAGGAAAAAUAUGCUCUGGCUAGAACUGGUUCAUCUGGAUCUGUUACAGCAGAAACUGUUUCCUGAUAAAAGCUGAAAGUUAUAUGUGUUUAGUUAAACAUGCCUGCAACUGCUCACUGACAAAGAGGGAAGAUUGUCAUGUUUCAUGUAAAUAUGAAACUGCUUAUUAUCAUUUUAAUAGCUGUCCUGAGGAUGUGUGACGGGUUGAUUGUUCACGGUCCCUCUGGUCCUCUGGUUGCUCCUCUGGGAUCUUCAGUGGUUUUACCCUGUUAUGUUGAUGAACUCUUAUCAAUGAGGGGGCUGGAGGUGGAAUGGAGAAGAGCAGACUCAGACACUCUGGUUCAUCUCUAUCAAGACGGUGAGAGUCGACCAGAGUCCCAGGAGCCGGAUUAUCAGGAUAGAGCUCAUUUCUUCACUGAUCAGAUUCAACACGGAAACUUCUCCCUCCGUCUGGACAACCUGAGACCUGAAGAUGAGGGACGAUACACAUGUAGAGUUCACAGUCGAGAAGAUUCUGGAGAGACUGUGAUUCAGAUAAAAGACGUUGAGCGUUUGCUGGUGUCAGGAUCGAGUCGCUCCAUAUCUGCGUCUGUGGGUGAAGACGUGACUCUGAACUGCUCUGUAGACUCUCACAUCACGCCUGAACACAUCGAAGAGGUUUCGUGGAAGAAAACAGAUGAAGAUGAAGAUAUUCUGGUUCUGCUCGUCCAAAAUAAUGAGACUUUACCAGAUUCAGCGCAUGAGCGAUACAGAGACAGAGCUGGGUUCUUCACUGCUGAAAUCUCCAAAGGAAACUUCUCUCUCAGGCUCAAGAGUGUCAGAACUGAGGAUAAAGGGGUUUAUAUGUGUCAGGUGUUCGCUGGAGUGCUUUCAGCCAAUGCGACUGUUGUACUGGAGAGACUGGGUUUCUCUGUUUCACACAUAAUGGUGCUGAUUUUCUGUAUUUCUGCAUCUGGAUCUGCUCUUCUGCUCUGCUGCCUGAUCUACUGCAGAUCACGUGCCAAAGUUUUGCAUCUUCAGGUUUUGCUGGUGUUUUGUCCAAACAUGAGUAUGUUUUUUGCGUUCAUGCUCUGGGGUUUUGCUGAAGGAUCUCUGCACGAGACUGCCUCCUGUUGUACUCUUUACUUUAUGAGGCCUCUGAUGUUGUUUUGGGCGGCACCAUAUUUAAAAAACUUUCCAGACAUUAUUAGAAGAUGGAUUGACUCUUCAAGCAUUGAUGUACAAAUUUCAGUUUUUACCGUAUUGUUUUUUUUAGUUCUUCUCAGACGCACCUGGUCAACAAUUGUACAAUAUACAGAAGCUGAUAAAGCAAUGAUAACUGCCCUCUUUAUCUUAAUGCUUCUGCUAUGUCUCAUUAAAGUCAUUAAAGGAAUAACUAACAUCGUUGUGGAGAAGAAAUCGAGCAACGUAGAGACUCGUGAACGGAUAAAUCAUGUAUUACAGGGUUGGGAGCUUCUAAGCUGUCGUAUUUUGCCUUUAUUGCAAUUCAUUCUUGUGUUCUACAGUUUUGGAGCUGCUAAAAGAGCAUUUUUUGUGACUGGAGCUUUACCACUGAUAGUGAUGUUGUCCGAUCAGGAAUGGUACCUUACAUGUAUACGCUUCUGUUCAGAGUGGAUUGGGAAUUUAAUACGAUUAAUUAUCAUGUUAGUUGUGAAUGGAGCUCUUUUUCCGAUGUUAUUCCUAUACUUCAAAACACUGGAAAAUGAAAAAGAUCGCUUUGCUUUGGUUUGCAUGGUUGGACUUUUCCAGGUGCUGUCAAUGAUACGCUUUUCAUACGACUAUCUAGAAUUUCCGCGCGUCCAUGCUUUGUACGUGUUUGGAGCGGUAGUCCUCGUUCUAGUGAACUCUGCUGGACUGAUGACAGAGCUGAUCCUGCAAGCAGUAAAUGGUGAACGCGCAGUGGAGGAUCUGAGGAUGGUCGUCUUCCCCUCUGAGUGCCUCUUCAUCUUGAUCGGCAUGGCUGUAGAAAUAUUCACUUUCUUGAGGUCUGUCGGCAAACGCAAGAAGCGAAAGAAAAACGAAGAUAAGAAAUGUGGGCAUAGACGUGAGAAAACCGAGUUUUGCGAAAUGGAUCGUUUGCCUGCGUUUGACUGUGAAGCCUCAGCAGCUGAAGACGGCGUCUGUUAGACUCACCUCAUGCGCCUUUGUCUGUUGUGCCAAAUUUUGUUGGUUGAUAUUCUGUUACCUUUAGCCGUUUUCGAUGACUUUAUCAAGCCUUUCACAACCGUGUUGCUUUCUACCGUUGACGGCUUGUUAGAACGCGCCCCGUUCAAGAUUCGUGCGCGUGUUAAACGAACCGCAUACAGACACGAGCCUUUAACCACAAACUGUUCAGUUACAUUAACACCGUUUAUAUUAUAUACAAUGCUUUUGGCCUUAACCAGAACCUGUUGGUCUGGAUGAGCGCCGUGCAGUAAAGAAAGAAAAUAAAACACUUCUGCUAUCCAGAGAGAUGAACGAGACCCUGAUUUCCGCUAAACAUGGAGCUAAUUUUUGUGGCAAGUAAUUGAAGCAUGCUUUUCUCUUUUGAACCUAAUUAUGAAGACAAACCACAAAGAUUUUCAGCAGCUUUUGCACAGUUUCAUUGGUUGUUUUGGGAGAUGAUGAAGAGAUUUGUGCCCACAGCUCUUAUUAUGAUUAACUAUGAUCAUUAUGAUUCAUUUAUCGGCCUUCUAGUUUGGUAUCAUGAAGCGGAUUUUUGUGGCGCAGUCAACCAGAUGUUCGUUUUAUAUUCAGAAAGCCGUCGUGUGUCACAACCAAGAAGCAUGCGUACAUCUCAAAUACGUUUUGUUUGAACGUUGACGUAGCAUUUUAUGCAAUAUGCUGAUGUUUUUAUCCAGAAGCGUUUGCUAGCGUCAAGAUCGAGUCGCUACAAGUGACGAAACACAAGGGUUCACUUACUAUUUCUGACCCUGAACUGUGAACGAUCGCUCCAAGUGUCUUACUGGUUUAGUCUAAGAUGGCCGUACAAUAUAUAUUUUGUGUGAUGUAAACAAGACAAACAAUUUGGUACAAUUUUAGUACAGUUUCGUUUCAGGA